AUGGGUUCUUCGGCGGAAUUACUUACUGAAAGGAAAGAAAUCACUACAACUACCAUAGAAACAUCACACCAAUCAGCGUCACACUGCAACUUAGAAGAGAGGGAAGACAUUCAAGUCAAUUCAAUGAUAGCGUCACAUCACACUACCAAGCAAGGUAUUGCAUUAUUAGCAACUGCUAUGGUGAGCGUUCGAAAUGAGCAAAAUUACACCAUGGUGUUACGAGCGCUCAUAGACCAAGGAUCGCAGGCAUCAUUUAUAAGCGAAAGAGCGGCUCAAAGAUUAAGGCUCAAGAAACAACCUGCAAGAGGAACUGUCGUAGGAGUGGGGUCUACUAGAACAAAUGUAAAUCACGUGGUACAAUUUCAAGUAAGUUCCCAAGAUGCAACUCAUUUCAACUUACCUGUUAAGGCGUAUGUAAUGUCGAAGCAACUUACCACGAAGAUACCCGCUAGAACAAUUGCUGCAAAUCACUGGUCACAUCUAGAAGGUCUGAACCUGGCCGAUCCAAGCUACUAUGCACCAGGUUCCAUUGAUUUACUUCUUGGAGUGAAGGAAUACGCACAGAUAUUACAACCAGAUUUAAUCAAGGGUCCACCGGGUACUCCAAGCGCUCAGAAAACAAACCUUGGCUGGAUCUUAUUCGGAGAGGUCGAUGAUAAUGCGCAGCAAGACACGUUCUUAGUCAUGCACCAACAAGUAGAAAUAGAUGAAGUUUUAAAAUCAAUAUGGGAAGUAGAUACAGAUACAAAAAGAAGAUUGACUAGAGAAGAGCAGUUAUGUGAAAAGAUAUACGCAAAAACACACAAAAGGACCGAAGAAGGGAGAUAUAUGGUGAAAUUGCCGUUUAAUACUGACAGACCGAGAUGUACACAAGGAAAUACAAGGGAUAUAGCAAAGAAAAGAUUGCUACAACUAGAGAGACGAUUCAAGAAAAUGCCUAAACUAAAAGAGGACUACACUAAUGUAAUAAAAGAAUAUCUGCGUCUACAACAUAUGGAAGAAGUACCUGAGAAAGAAAAAGAAAAAGAAAAAUGUGUAUACUUACCUCAUCACGCGGUUCUUCGUGAAGAUAAAGAAUCCACGAAAACAAGAUUGGUGUUUGAUGCUUCCUGCAAGGGGUCGAAUAAUGUCUCUUUGAACGAUGAACUUCUCGUAGGUCCGCCACUGCAAGAAGAUCUUCGUAACCUAAUAAUAAGAUGGAGAAUGAAAGGCAUAUGUUACAUGAGCGAUAUACAGAAGAUGUACCGUCAAAUAUUGGUGUUCCCCGAAGAUGCUGAUACUUAUCAACGAAUUCUUUGGCGCUCAGACGCAUCCGAAGAUAUCAAGGAGUAUAGAAUUCUUCGCGUGACUUUCGGUACAGCAUCUGCUCCCUACCUUGCGGUUCGAACUCUUCAUCAAAUCGCUGAUGAUGAAGGUAAGAAUCAUCCCAAAGCAGCUCAAAUAAUUAAAGAAGAUUUCUAUAUGGACGACUUGAUGGGUGGAGCCGAUACUGUGGAAGAAGCUGUAACUGAAGCCAAAGAAGUUGAUGAGAUUGUAAAGAAGGGAGGUUUCACUCUGACUAAAUGGGCUUCAAACAAUCUUGACUUCAUGCAAUCCAUCAAACCAGCAGAUCGAUCUAGGAGUGCACAUUUUAACCUCAACAUUGAUGGAACCGUAAAGGCCUUGGGUAUCAAAUGGAAUAUGGGUACAGAUAAAUUUAAAUAUGAAGUUAUCUUACCAACCAUUCAAGCAACUGUCACCAAGAGAAGUGUUUUAUCCGACAUACAGAAACUCUUUGAUCCGCUUGGUUGGAUAGCGCCAAGCAUUGUUAUGACGAAGAUUCUUAUUCAAAAAUUGUGGCUAGAAAGGUUGAACUGGGAUGACAAAAUCAGUUCACAUUUGCUGGACGAAUGGCUUACUAUCCGAUCAGACUUCCAACAAGUCAACGAGAUUGAAGUCGAUAGAUGGAUUGGUACAACGAGCAAAAUGAGCGACAACUUACAGAUUCAUGGCUUUUGCGAUGCUUCAAUGCAAGCAUACGCAGCGCUUGUGUAUGCUAGGAUCAAAACUGAAGACGGAACAAUCAGAACAAAAUUGAUUGCUGCCAGAACCAGAGUUGCGCCAUUGAGAACGAUCUCGCUACCUAGAUUGGAAUUAUGCGGCGCUUUGCUGCUGGCUCGUCUGCUCAAGCAAGUUGCACAAGCAAUGAGAAUACCAUCAUCACAAAUAUUUGCUUGGACAGACUCAUCAAUUGUUCUUGCUUGGCUUGCAGGAGAUCCACAUAAAUGGAAACUGUUUGUAGCGAACCGCGUGGUCGAAAUAGUAGAGAAUGUACACUGCAAUAGAUGGCAUCAUGUGGAUUCAAAGAGUAAUCCAGCGGAUAUAGCAUCAAGAGACACUAAAUCUUAA